AUGCCCCUUUCGUCAGGGCCGGUAACCCUUUCCGAGGUUCCGCGCUCGGACUCGCUGGCAGACAGCUUCAAGGUCUCUCUGGUUCGGCCGGAGGGGGAGCCGGCUAACUCGGGUUCGAAGACCAUCGUGGAACAAUCCAGUCUCCAGCUUCUCAGUGAUGCAGAGCGGCAGACGCUGGAUGACUACGAUGCCAUCUUUGAGAAGUACUCCCUCUUCUGCAAUGGCAGGUGGCUGGGCGUCCAGGUUCUGCAGGACUCGCAGGAUCUCAUGUACUUGCAGCACAUUGUGUAUAUGAAGAAGCCGGAUGUCAUCAUUGAAACCGGUACCUACAAGGGAGGGUUGACGUAUUUUUUCGCUACGAUACUGGAUUGGAUCCAACGUGAGGAGGAGCAUGACAGACCAACGUACGUACUGUCAGUGGAUAGACAUCAUCCAGACAUGGUCUUUGCAGCAAACUGGUUCUGCCCUCCUUGCGCAGACUGCGUGAAGAGCUAUGCAACCCCAGUUUGGGAACGGAAGGUCCGCUUCAUACAGGGCUUGGCCGAUGCCCAGGAGACAUUUCAAGCUGUCGCCGGCAACAUGCAUGACUUGGACUGCUUGCAAGCUCCCAGCGGCCACGUCAAGGAGUCGAAGACGGUGGUUGUGAACUUGGAUGCGAACCAUGAGUUUGCCGGCUUGCUCAAGGAGCUCAUAUACUAUGCGCCGUUUGUGACAAAGAACUCCUACCUUGUCGCCAGGCACUGA